CAGAAUGUGUCAAAACUACUUGUUUAUAGAUGCUUUGAGAUGAAAGAUUUUUUUCUUGUAUUUUUAGGGUUUCAUUUUUUUUUUCUUUUUGGGGAGUGUGAAGUGGCAACAUGAAAAUUAAUUUAUACAGAAGGGUUAUAAUAUUGUUGUGGUGAUUUAUCGUCCACAAGCGACCCCGUUAACAAGACAUUGUGUUGUGUGUGCGGAACAAGUUCUAAUCGUUCCGCUCGAGGACGUAACCUUACCUCACCUCACCUCCGGCUUGUGUAUGUGUGUAGUAAAAAAAGGAAGAGGGUUUGAUGUGUCCGUUUGAAUUACAUAACUUAUAUCUUUACAACUCUUGAGGACGACAAGAAAAAAAUGUUACGAAUUAACGCCAGAACAACAGAAGAUUUUGAUAGAUAUUCGAAGGAAAAAAACAGAGCUUCUACUCGAAAUACAGCAACUGAAAGAUGAGUUGGGCGAAGUUGUGGCCGAGAUGGAGGCAAUGGAAGGAGGUGGAUUGGCGACGGACGAAUCGAAACCAUCAAAUAAAGCAAAGCAAAUGUCGAUUGGACGUAAAAAAUUCAAUAUGGAUCCAAAAAAGGGUAUCGAAUAUUUGAUUGAACACAAUCUUUUGACAGCAACACCAGAGGAUGUUGCACAAUUUCUCUAUAAAGGCGAAGGACUCAAUAAAACAGCAAUUGGCGAUUAUCUUGGCGAGAGACAUGAUUUUAAUGAAAGGGUACUUCGUGCAUUUGUUGAGCUUCACGAUUUUACCGAUUUAAUAUUGGUACAAGCGUUAAGACAAUUUUUAUGGUCAUUUCGAUUGCCCGGUGAGGCACAAAAAAUUGAUCGAAUGAUGGAAUGUUUUGCCCAACGUUAUUGUCAAUUGAAUACAAAUAUUUUCACCAACACUGAUACAUGUUAUGUUCUUAGUUUUGCGAUAAUUAUGUUAAAUACCUCAUUACAUAAUCCAAGUGUCAAAGACAAACCAAGUGUGGAGCAAUUUAUAUCGAUGAAUCGAGGGAUUAAUAACGGUGGUGAUCUUCCACGAGAACUUCUUGUGAGUCUAUACGAGAGCAUAAAAACGGAACCUUUCAAAAUACCGGAGGACGAUGGUAACGAUCUGAUGCACACGUUUUUCAAUCCGGACAAGGAGGGCUGGCUCUGGAAACAAGCAGGCGGACGUUACAAGAGUUGGAAACGACGAUGGUUCAUUCUCAACGACAAUUGUCUUUACUAUUUCGAGUACACGACCGACAAAGAACCACGUGGUAUCAUUCCGCUGGAGAACAUCCAGGUCAGAGAAGUACAGGAUCGACACAAGCCUCAUUGCUUUGAGCUCUACGCCGCUGGCUCCGAGUUCAUCAAGGCGUGUAAGACAGACAGCGAAGGAAAGGUCGUUGAAGGAAAACAUACAGUUUAUAGAAUGUCAGCUGCGACUGACGAGGAAAAAGACGAAUGGAUCAAAUGUGUUCGGCAAAGUAUAUCGCAUAAUCCAUUCUACGAUAUGUUGGCAGCGAGAAAGAAGAAGGCUCAAAAAACGCAAAGUUCGAAGAGUUAAAAAUUGCAGUGAAUAGAAACCGAAUUUGUCGGUUUAAUGAAUUCAAAGACUGUUUUGUCCCAUGGAAAUGAAGCCCUGGGUCCAACAAAAAAUCCUCUCUCUCGAGGCUCUCGUGAUCAUUGAUCACAAAAAGAGCUUGAACUUGGAGGAAUUACAAUGUUGUUGAAAAAUGAAACUUGAUGGGAGUUUUUUUUCGAUAUAGACUCACAAACAAUUUCUUGGAAGGAAAGAAAAUUAUCUCCUCUCUAAAUGAGUAUGAACUUUUUUUUUUACCAGUCUAGUAUUUACAUUCGUGCCUCCCUCGUAAUCGUAAAAGGAAAACGACUAAUUCGAUUUGUGAAAUGGAAUAUCGAAGAGAAUAAUUUCUAUUAUCUAUAUAUAAAUAUAUAUACAUAUAUAUAAAGAAAAAGUGAAAGUUAUUCCGAGAAAAUAGAAUUCGAAUUUAGAAUUCAAUAUCGAAAUUAGUAAAAAAUAACUUUCGUUUUUGUCUUUGAUUGACACGAACUAAACGAUAAAAAAUUAAAUUUUCGCGUAAUUUAUCAAUUUCAAAUGGCCAUUUCUUUUUUUUAUUUCGUUAGUCAUUUUCCAAAAAGGAACUGAGCCAAAAGACCGUGUGAAAAACGAAAAAAAAAGAAACAAAAAACGCGUGUAGAUUUUAUUAUAUCUCUUGUAUUUAUUUGAACAAACUUGUAGAUAAGGCUAGUUAAAUUCGUUAAUUUAGAGAAAAAAAUAAUCGGUUCAACUGUACUUUUCGUACAGUUUGUAAGUAUGGCCCGAUUGGUCAAACAUGACAUUAGUUUAGGAAUCUUUUUUUUUUUUUUUUUUUUUUUGUAAUUAUUGGUUUACUUAUAAACCAGAAAAAAAACACAUCAAAUGCCGUCUAUUUUCUAACUAUUGUAUAUUAUUUGAAUUAUGUUGAGUUAUUCCUAUUUUGCUAAGGAAAACUUGUAAUUUUUUUUUUUAUUUUUUUUUUUUUAUUUUUGAAAAAAUAGAGUCACUACCAUUUCUGGUCAAUUAUCGCGUUAAUAAACUUGUCUUCCUUUUUAAUAUUUACAUAGAAAAUUUAUUAAUUUUGCAUUACACGAUUAAUUUAAAAGGGUCUAUGAUUUAAUUAUAAAUAUAAUUAAUAAUUGAAAAAUUAUUUCAAAAAGUAAAAUAAUAUCAGAAAAUAAAUACAGUAAUUAUUUUACAAAAUAAAUUAAAAUGUUAAAAAAAUAGACCCUUUUGUUAGUGUUCAUAAAAUUCUGAACUUUCAUACUGAAAGAUAAAAAAUAAAUUAAAACUAAAUAUUUUUAAUAUUGAUAGCAAUAUUGAGUGUAAUUAAAUUCAAAAUUAUUAUUUCAUUUGAACGUUCAGAAAUUGAUUUUUAAGCUUAUAUUUGUACAUUUAUGCAUAUAUAUAUAAAAUUUUUAAUUAAUUCUAUAAGGCGACUCUAUUUUUUUGACGGCAAAAUAAUGAGCGCGAAUCUGUUUCAAGAUUUCAAUUAUUCGUAUAAAAAAAAAUAUUAUAUAUAAAUAUGCAAAAGACUUAGCCUCGAUUAUGUUCGAGUUCUAUAUAAUAAUCGAAAACACCGCUCUUUUUUGACAGUAGUAAUUUGUAAAUAACACAAUAUAAUAAUAAAUAUAAAUUACACACAUUUUUUUUUUCUGAAACUAGUCGUAGUAGCCGAUCCGUCAUGAAGGAUAGGGAAAUCUAUUGAAAGAAACUGUCAGACAUCGAAAUUGCCUUAUUAAUUAGUAAACGUAAAUUUGCUUAAGAUUUUUGUAGAUAAGAUUUAUAUAUGUUUGCGCCUUUUUAAAAAUUGUCUUUCUUUUUUGUUUUCCGACGAAUAAAAAAAAAAAAACAUGGCGGACAGUUUAGAAGGAAAAAUUAUGGCAAAACAAAGAAUGUAGAAAGGGAUUCCCAUCCAUUUGUUUUACAGUUGAACCUGUUUAAAUGGGAUUCGAUUUAAUUUGAUAAAUUAUUCAGUAAAAUUAUGAAAAAUAUUCUCAGUAAUUGAAUCAAUGUCCCAGUUAAUUAGGUUUGACUGUAUGAUAAUUAUUUUUAUUUUUGCAUGAAAUAUUUAUGAGCCAAAAUCGAAAAAGGACAAUAUGAAUUUUUUUUUUCUGCCACCUGUGUUUAAUUUACAGUCGGACCUUGUUUAAGUGAAACAUAAAUUAAAAAAUCUUGGGAUCAUGAAAAUAUUUUUAGUAAACUGAAAUAAUUUUAAUAGAUCUCUCUAUAAAAAAAUAUAAAAAUAAAAAUGUCUCACUUAAACAGGUACGACUGUUUAUAAAAGCACUUUUUUUAUUCUCUUUUUGUAAUGAAAAUUUCGACUAUAUAAGUCUGAUGAAGACUGACAAAAAUUUUUUUCUAUAUUCUUAUUUCCCAUUCAAUGAGGUUCGACUGUAUAUAAAAUUUAAAUUCAAGCUUUUUGUAGAAUUGUGCACAGCAUUCAUUUCUCUCGAGCUUUUACGACAGAUGUGUGUAACCAGACAGUAUUUGUGUGAAGAAUUUUCACAAAACGCAAAAAAAAAGGUGUUUAAUGUUCUGUUUUGUGUUUGUUUAUUUUUAAAUCGAAUCGUCAUGUUCCUUUCUUGUGUCGGAACGGUUAAAAAAAAAAGAUGAUAUAGAUCCAGCGUGCAAUAUUUAUAAGAAAGAAUAAUAUGUAAUGAAAAAAAAGAAAUACUUUGAACAUCAAAUUUGUAUAGAGAUAAAAAAAAAAAAUUGUACAUUUUCCUGUAUAUUGUUAUUUUUAUUUGAUGAUUGUUAUGGUUACAAUAAUGAAUUAAAUAUCGAAUCGAAAUCAUAUAA